AAGCUUCACCAUAGUUUAAAGGUUCUUGGAUUCUCUAUUGCUCUUUAUAUCGUUGUGAACUUCUACUUGUCACUUUUUUGCAGGAAGAAUAAGAGGAUCUCCAAGGGAAAGAAGGGAGGGAAGAAGAAGGCAGUUGAUCCCUUUGCCAAGAAGGAUUGGUAUGACAUCAAGGCACCAUCCAUCUUCAAUGUCAGGACUGUUGGAAAAACCCUAGUUACUCGUACUCAGGGCACAAAGAUUGCUUCAGAAGGUCUUAAACACAGGGUGUUCGAGUGCAAUUUAGCUGACCUUCAAGCUGAUGAGGAUCAAUCAUACAGAAAGAUCAGGCUUCGUGCUGAGGACAUCCAAGGAAGGAAUGUGCUCACCAACUUCUGGGGGAUGGAUUUCACAACAGAUAAGUUGAGAUCGUUGGUCCGCAAAUGGCAAACCUUGAUUGAAGCUCAUGUGGAUGUGAAGACCACUGACAAUUACACACUACGACUGUUUUGUAUUGGGUUCACAAAGAGGCGUCCUAACCAGGUCAAACGUACUUGCUAUGCUCAGACCAGUCAGAUUAGACAGAUUCGUAGGAAAAUGAGGGAAAUUAUGGUGAACCAAGCGACAUCUUGUGAUCUCAAAGAGUUGGUUCAGAAGUUCAUUCCUGAGGUGAUCGGGAAGGAGAUUGAGAAAGCAACUUCGAGCAUAUAUCCUCUGCAGAAUGUAUUCAUUCGUAAAGUGAAGAUUUUGAAGGCUCCCAAGUUUGAUCUUGGCAAACUAAUGGAGGUUCAUGGCGACUACUCCGAUGAUGUGGGUGUGAAGGUGGAGAGGCCGGCCGAGGAUGUAGCCAUGGACGGUGAAACUGAAGUUGCAGCGUAAGGUGCAAGGCUCCCUUGCUUCUCUUUAUUAAAUUUUUCUUGUCAACGAUUUUGCUAAGUGAUUUGUCAACGAUUUUGCUAAGUGAGGUUGUUCACAACUUGCGACGAAUGACACUGAGGAACUUCUCAUUAGUUGGAUGUACUUGAGAUUUAAUUUGUUUUCUUUUCUGAACUUUCUACUAUAUGAUGGCUAAGAUUUCGGAUGAGUUUGAGUUUUGUGGAACCCUAGCAUGGCUCCAUAGAGAGGAGGCAAUAUUUUACCAGUAUUUCAAAUUAGGGUUAAACUGAA